UUUACAUUUGGGUAAAAGACGAUUUCAAAAAAAAUAAAUUUGUAACUGAUGAGUAUUCUAUAAAAACUUUACACAAGUAUGGUGAAAAGUCACUGACCGAUCUAAAACUCAAUUUGGCUCUCAGUAGUCCAAAAACUUCGUGAAAACAAGGUAAUUAUGGAAUUUAAAUCUCAAGCUGAAUCUGGAUUACAACUUUUAGAAAGGCUUGUAGCACGCCCAAUUAUUAAAAAUCUAACACCUUUAUUACCAGACGAAUUGACUAGUGAGACCAUAGAAAUAAUUGGAGAUGCAUCAACAGGAAAAACAUUAUUUUUGACAGAAUGUGUUGCUAAAUGCAUCACUCCUCAAAAUUCUUAUGGCUUGGAUACAGGUGUUGUCUACAUUGAUCUAGAUGGACAAUUCAAUAUUACUAAAUUAGUUAAAAUCAUUAAGCGUUUAAUUAAGAAUGCUGAUGAUAAAUUAGAAAAUCAAAAAAUGGCAUUAAACACUGAUCUAAAUACACUAGAUCUUGAGCAGAUUAUUAAAUGUAUACAAAAUGGGUGUGUACCAGAAGUACCAACUGAUGAAAAUCAUUUGGCUGAUCGUGAAAAAGUGUUAUUGGCUCAUUUAGAAAUUGCAAAAUCUGUUUUAAAUAAACUUAGCAUUUUGUUAACUAGACUCUUAAAUAAUGAUGUAGACCUUCAAAUUAAGCUUCAGGAUAUAUUGAACCCAUGCUUAUAUUUAUGUGGCGAACAUUGUAGUUCAAAUUUUCUGUGGAGUGAUGAAGAAAGUCAUUCAUUUAUGAAAUUGUGUAUUGAAAAAUUGUGCAGUCUCACUCAUCACGUAAACGUUGAAGAAUUAAUUGCUCAUUUAGAUAUUUCUAAGAUUUUUUUUGGUUUACAAUGUAAACUAGAAAAUGAUAAUUGGAAAAAAUAUCCGGCUGCUGUUGAGUGUUUUAUAUGGAUAUUGAAAUACUUAAAAAUGCCACAUUUAAAUUCUUUAUUAUACCUGGUGAUGCCAUUACCAUUAAAUAUGUUUGAUGAUUACCAAGAUUCAAAUAUACUUACUGCUUUAGAUGCUUUUCAACAUAUCAUUGAUAAUACACCAUCUGUUGAAUUAACAAUGAGUGGCUAUGACAUUGUUUUAUUGAAGUCAUUUGAAACUGGUUUGCGUUCGGUUGAAUAUCAACUAAUACCUAAUUUAAUGAAGUGCUUUUUAUUGCUGAUUUCAAAGAUGCAAAUGAAACAUUUGAGUAACAAAAAUUCUUUAGAAUGGACAAAGUUUGAUGAUGUUUUGAACAUUUUAUUGCCACGAAUGGAACUAGAACGUAAACAUGAACCAAUUGUAUGUUAUGCAUCAAUUUUACCGCUUAUUUUGGAGUCUACUGGAUUAUCUUGCAUUCGUUGGUCAGAGCGUUUGAUACCAUUAUUUUCGGAGUAUAUUAUGAACAGUCAAUCUACUUUUUCCACAGUGAAGGCAAUUGAAGUGUUCAUUCAACAAACGUGGCCAAGGCAAUGUACACAUUGGAAUGUGUUACUAGUAAUAUUGAUCAAAGCUCUAUAUAGUGAAGAUAAAGAUUCUGAGCAACCUAAUGAAGAAAAUAUUUUAGCAAUAGUAGAAUGUAUUAAGACAUUAGAAGCAGCAAGACCUGAAUGUAUUCGAAACGUUUUGAAUAAAUUGAAAGAAUGUAAAGAAUUUCAAUCAAAAAUUAUAUUCAAAAAAUAUUUAGAAAUGUUAUAGAUAAAUAACUGCUAGUUUAAAUAUAGUAAUAUUUUUGUAAGUUACUUACAACUUUUCUCAUUUUUAAGUCAAUUCUUAAUAUUGUAAUCAACAAUAGUUAAUGAUUAUAAAAUAUAAAUACUAUUAAUUAAUA